AUGUCUGCACUCUCGACGCCGAGUGGCGGAGGAAAUACGGCGCAGAGCAAGCCGACGCCCGGCAAGCAAAAAUAUCAGAAAUUGGACAUCAAUAGUCUGUACUGCGCUAAUAGGAAUGAAAAUUCUGAACCGUCCUCUGUAAAAUCACAAUUAAGCCGUAAACAUGGAAUGCAAAGUCUUGGGAAAGUGCCUUCUGCAAGGCGUCCUCCGGCCAAUUUGCCUUCUUUGAAAACUGAAACUGGUCAAGAUCCAAGUGCUAACUCAGUUGCUACUGUCGCAACCACUGUAACUACUACACCAACAUGCUCCACACAAUCAAUAACAACUUCAACACAGAGUGGUGCGGCUGCGGGGGCUGCAUCGGCGGGAGGAUGGGUGUCUCUACCACCUCCAUCAUCUCCACACUUCAGGACAGAGUUCCCUUCAUUAGAGGCAGCUGCUCAACCUUCACACCGUUCAUCAGAUCAUUCAUCUGCCCAUUUGCAACUCAGACCACAAACGGAAGGCAGUUGGACGUGCGGUGGAAACGCAGGGGCGCGCCAGGAGGUAUCGGCCUCACCCGCAGGCGCGCCCGCCUCCUCGCCCGCUUCACAGCCAACUCCCGCCUACCGAGCCAUUGUGCCAUCCUUCCUGAUGAAAGGUAGCGCUGGUAGUGGCCUUGGAAUGGGACCUUUGAACACACUCCGUGAUAACAGAAGUAAUGGAAGUAGCAAUACAGGAGCAAACUCAAGUGGUAAUAAUUCUGGAGCGGCCAGAACUAACCCAAGGCCAGCCACCACGCCGAGAGCUGUGGAGGUUCUUACGGCGCGACCUAUCUUACGAGAUGAAGAAAUAUCGUCCCUCGAUGAUAUAUCGCGUGAUGCAGGAUGGGCACAACAUGAUGACAUUGAUUAUGAUCAAAAAUUGGAUUUCUCUGAUGGCGAGUCUUCUGCACCCGCCCCUAAAAUAAGCAACAAAAAUAAUAACCGUGCCAGUAUUGAUGUUGAACGCGUAGAUUCUAAGGUUCAGGAUCCCGGUGAUGAGGAGCAGCUGUGGGCAGAGCGAAGACAGAAACAAAGUAAUGAAGUUGCUCAAGCUGUUGCUCGAGCGAGACAGCGCAAAGAAGAAGAGCAACGUCGGCAAGUGAGAGACGCUGCGGUGCAGCACCAGCCUAAGGAUGGGCGCGAAAGAACUGAGCGAAAUGUACGUGACCGUAACGAUCACAGAGACCGGGAUCACGAUAGCAGGGAAAAAGAUCGCAUUGAUAAUAGAGACCGGGAUCGUAUCGAUGUACGGGACAAAGAACGAAAUGACCGCGAUAGAGACCUUAGGGACAAGGAGCGUCUAGACAAUAGAGACCGUGAUCGCAUGGAUAAUAGAGAUCGUUUCGACAACAGAGACCGUGACCGUGAUAGGCCCGUCGACAAUAGAGAUCGAAAUAGACUUGACAAUAGAGAGCGUCAAGAAGACAAAGACAGAGACCGUAGCGAUCGCGAUAGGUUCGACCGAGAUAGAGAUCGCGACAACAGGGAGUUUCGCGAUCGGGAAUCUCGCGAUUAUGGUCGCGAUCGCGAUCAGUCAAAUCCAGCGUUCUCAAAAACAUUUCAGGCAAAUAUACCUCCAAGGUUUUUACGCCAACAACAAAACCGGCAACAAGAUGACCAAAAUAAAGGCUGGGCUUUUAGUGGAAAAUCGGCGCCGCGACGUCAAGAUCCUCCGUCCUAUAACGCUCCUAGGCAUGCAUCUAAUAACGGUCGGCGGUCAUAUUCAAGGGAUUAUUCCGAUCGUGAAGAUGAGGUAAGGCGUGAUAAAGAUGUUUCUGGGCAACAAUGGAGAUCAGAAAUGCAAGAUCAAGAAAGGCCUGCUAGAGACUUUGACCGUUCGAAUUCCAAAGACGGUAAUGAAAGUAAAGAUCGACGAAUCGAUCUAGAAAGAAAACCAUUUGAAGGAGUUUCGGAAAGUAGUAGAACAGCAGCCGACAAGCUUACAGAAGUAUUUGAGCGAAAAAGUAUUGGGUUGUUUGAGCCUUUUACAUCGCCUGAAACGCAGGGGCAAGUCAAUGCUCCUGAAAGAAGAAUUACACCGCCAUCAAAUGUACCGCGUGAUUCCUCUGAAAAAGAUAUCGGUAAAGCUUCUUGGGCUGAAGUUGCCAAAGAUGAUGGCAGCAAUGUAAACCCGACCAAGACGUCGACUUCUGAUAAUACUGUGUUAAUUAAAGAGAAUGACAAAGUUUCGAAAGAAUCUGCCUACAAAGAAGCUAAAGAAAUUGUACCUGCUUCACCACCAAUAGCACAAAUCUCACAACAAACUUCUAACAAUAUUUCUAAUGAUAAUAAUUUGACUCAAAAUUAUAAUAAUAAAUUUACAAAUAAUUCAUUACAUCCUAAUCAAAGCUUUGUUCAAACCAAUCAAAAUGUUCCUACAACUAUGCAAAGCCAUAUGAAUGUGUCUGGGAAUACUUCUGUUCCAACCUCCUUUACUGAAAACCAAUCUCUUCCUAAAACUAGUAUCUCUCCUCCUAAGAUUGAAAUUCUAUCUAAUUUACCUCAAGUACCACAGCAAGCGACUUCUGAGAAUAAUGUUUCUCAACUAAAUGUUAUGAACAAUUUGAAUUUACAAAAAACGGACAAGGAACUUUCUGAGCCUGAAGCUAUAGUAUCUAAGCCUGAGCCAAGUAAUUCAAUAAAUACAAAAGUUAAUGACCAACAUUCAAUGGAUAAUAUCCAAGGCGAGUUAUUUAAAAAAGUUGGAGAUGAGAAAAAGAAUGAGAGAUUUAGCAACGAAAGUCUUAAUAAAAUACCAAAUAAAGAACCAAUAGAAAGAAAAUCAAGUGGAUCUGGAUCUGAAAAGAAAGGUAGAUCUUUCGGUGGCGGCGGUUAUAAUGUAUAUAAUAGAGGUUGGGGACCAAGAGAAUCUCGUGGACGCCGCUCGCAUCGAAGUUCUCGUUCUAACAACAGAGCAAGUGAAUCUGACGGUUCUACGGACGCAGAACGGAAAGAAAGGCGUCGUGCGCCACGCAGUCCGAGAGGAGCUAAGAAACAGGAAAAAACCGAAAACAUUUCUAAUUUAGUUUCUGAUCCCGGCCAGGUUCCUUGUACUACUGAAGCAAUGGAAAAUAGAGAACCGUUUGCCCCACGUGGGCAGCCGUCGCGUCGAGGUCGAGGAGGUUUCCAAGGUAUAACGAGACCUCCAGCACCUACCAAAAGAGUGACUGGCUAUGGACCGCCAAAUACUAAAAGUCCAUUCAGUCAAGCAAAUAGAGUCAAAGACACUGAUGAUAAUAAGGAUAGUAUUCAGGAUGAUAGAAGUCAGCCAAUUCUUAGAUCUCGCGGACCAACUGGUAAAGGUCGUGAGCGUCGUUCCAAAGGCGGGUUAGGACCGCACAGUGGGGAAGAUGAGAAUUGGGAAACAACUUCUGAACAUUCCGAAGGCGGCGGGACUCGUCGUCGUUCUAUUGGAGGUAGACAAUCUGGCCAAUCUCUAAGAGGUAACCGAAACCAAAACUCUGGCAACAGACAGAGUGGUCGCAAUACACAAGGGGGUGCGAAAAGAGAACCUUUAUCAGACAAAGGAGGUGAAGUAGUAGAGGCUAUGAAUGAUCUUAAAUUAUCAAAUGCUAAAAAUGAUGAAGUGGUCGAUGAUGGUUUUCAAGAAGUCCGCAACAAAAAGAACUCAAAAGAUGGCCGAGGGCCUCCUGUCAAUACAAAAGAAGAAAAUCAAAAUGGCUCAAAGCAACCUCGGUCAAGAUCAAAUCAAGGAGGCGGAAGAAAUGGCUCAUCUAGUAGAAAUUCUGAGAAACCCAAUUCACGUGGUUCAGCGCCCCUUUCUGGUAAAGCCAAUUCACAAUAUGAUAGACCGCGAACUGCUAAUCUCGCUCCCCGGUUCGUGAAGCAAAGGCAGAAACAACAAAUGGGCUUGGUAUCUAGUUUCUUACCUGAUACUGGUGCAGCGCCGCCUCCACCAACCGUCAAUGCCUGGGACAAACCAAUCGCGCAAACCCUACGCGGAAAUGUUGAGGAUCCGGUUGACGUUGUUGAUAAAUCGAGCCAAUCGAGUCAAAGGAGCACCCCAGGAGAUGCACCAAUAGAAGCUAAGCCUAAUCCACCUCCGGCCCUAGUCACCGAAAAGACUGGUGUGCUCGAUGGUGCAACUCCUCCGGUGGAAACUAUUAUUUUCGAAAAUACAAAUUAUAAAACUCCACCUGCUGAAGCUUUAAAGCAAAAAUACCAGCCUAGCGUUAAUACAGUAAAAUCUCAGGAAGAAGUGGCUAGUGCAAUGGAAUCUAGAGUUCUGCAAUUUAAUGGCGAUGUUAGACCUCGUCCAAGAUCCAUUCAGGAUAUUAUCGCAGAGACCGGUAGACCCGUCACAGAAGCUGACGGAUCUCUUGGGCUUCCUAUGUCAUUUGAAGCCACUCAAAAAACUGAAGAUUCGUCUGAUAUGAAACUUGAUUUUGCGUUUGACUCCGACCUUGGCCAACUAACUGAAGACAAAACUACAAAGAGUCUCGGAUUGCCGCGCGCCACUCACAUGAGCACCUCGAAUACGAUCUCUCCAUCUGCGGCGGAUCUCAAUUUGAAAAUUGCCAGUGUAAAGAAAGUUUGGGAGAUGCCGGCCGUCGUGGAAGGAACUGAGGAACUACAGUUUACUGGUUUCGAAGAAAGCAAUCCUGACACCGGAGCGCCACCGAAUGUGUGUAAGGUCAAACCUACCCAGCAAUUGCAAUCACCACCACCCCAACAUUACAACCACGUCGGUUAUCCCGGAAGCUACGGCGGCUUGUCGGUGCCAUCCCCACCGGCAGUACUGUUUAAUUCGUCCCAGCAGAUAUUAGGUUCGUCUCAACAACUACAACAACAGGGCGGACUAUAUGGAGCAUUUUUAGAUCAAACGAGGGGACAAUUCGGCGGAUUUCCAGCGACACCUUAUGGGGCGGGCUCUGCGACUCCAUACAACUAUCAACCUCCACCAGAUAUGUUUCAGAGUCUUCAGAGUCAGUACCGAAUGGCCGCCGCUGGAGGUGGCGCCGCAUUUGGGCAGUCCGGACAGUUGGGUAAUAGUCCCAGUACAGUUCUUAUCUCAAGUACAUCUAAUUCAUUGAUGUCCGCCACAGUUAAACCUUCAUCACAACAGAUUGGUGCAAUUGGUAGUAAAGGCGGUGGCGUUAGUGGCGUCGGCGGUGUGGGUGGCGUGAACACGUUCCAACAGCAGUAUCUAGGGUAUUCGGGGCCAGUGGGCGAGUCUCCAUACUCUCUUCCGGGGCUAUUGCCUCGACCGGCUCCUCCCGCGAACUCGUACUACUCGCCGUACCAGCCACCCGCGGCGCCCGCGCCCACCUACCCCUUACAGUUCACACAGCCUGCGCAAUCGAACGCGUUCAGCUCUCAGUUCCUCUCCUCGCAGUUGCAUGUCGCUGCUGCAGUUCAACAGAUGCAACAACAAUACCGUGCGCCAAUGCAGCAACAAUAUGCGCCGCAGCCGCGUCCGCCGCCACAGCAACAACUCAAGAGUCCACUGCACGAACACGCCAACGGCUUCGCGCCGCUCUGCGAAUCUGGUUCGCCGACUCCGAAAGGCGUCGCGAAGCCUCAGAAGCCGCCACACUCCCCGCCUCAACACAAGUACCACGCGCCACCUCCUCACUCCCAGCACCUGCAACACCCUCCACCUUCGCACACGCCCCAUCAGCACCAUCACCAACAACACCAACAGCAGCAACUAGUCGGCGGCGGAAACAACGGCCGGGGGUGCGGCAAUGGCAACGCCAUGAAUCGCAACAUGAUGCCACAAAGGUACCCCGCGCCCAUCCAGCGGCCACACGCGCCCGCGAUGCCCAUGUAUCGCGCGCCACAGCCGCCGCGGCAACACCAUGCGCCAAGGCACAACCUCUACUACCACCAUCCCCCGCGCAGACCCCUCGAGUGUCAAGAUGGCAGCGGUGGCGCCGAGCAACACUCGCGCGAGGGUGGAAACACGCCCUCCACUGUCGAGGAACCUGUAGAGGUGCCGCCCCCCAGCGACGCGCCGGCACCCCCCGAGGUGAAGGCCGAGUGA